AUGAACAUUGGGUCUGGACCACCGCUGUCAUUUCAACAAGAUGCAGGUCCUUCAAUAGCACAACAACAUGUUAGUGGUGGCACUGAUACAAUAUCACCUCCGGCAUCUCCUUCACUGUUUCCACGUGUUCCAGAGAUGGUUGUACCACACCUUGAGCAAACCUCAUCAUCAUCUUCAGAGCCAACAUUCACCCCCUCAACUCCUUCACCACCUCAAGUCGCCAUCAACAACGAUAGUAGCGAUGAUAGUGAUGAUGCUUAUAGUACUUCAGCUGCCAUUGCAACAACAACUACCUUCGCAACGCCAAAGAUUAAUACUGCAAAGCCAAUGUCCACAUCAUCAUCAUCAUCUACUACCGUUCCCUUGACGACGAGAACAUCAUCGCUCGAGCGUCAACCCUCCAAUCGACCCCCACGUCUUGCCAGCCUGCAACAACAACAACAACAGCAGCAUCAGCAGCAUCAACAUUCCCAUGGACCACAACAAAGCCCAGCUAUCAUGUCGCAUAUUGCCCAGGACUUUGUGGAUCGUGUUAAGCAAUUGAACAAGACACGACGCAUCUUUUGCACUGAAGAGUAUCCAAUGAGUUUCACCGGUGAAGAGGCUGUGAAAAUUAUGCGAGAUUUGCUACCAUCUGAUUUACGACCCAUCUUGUAUCGCAAAGUGGCACGAGCAUUGAUGCACAUUUCACCACCCUUGAUCAGCCCUGUUUCUUAUUCUGAAAAGUCCAUGCGGAAGAACACCUUGUACGAUUCGCCUUAUGAAGUAUACACCAUUGUCGAGGAAACGAUGGAGGUUGGCUAUGCUCAAGGAGUGUAUACUGCCAUUUCACCAUGCUAUACCUAUGGCUGUAAUCCGGCAACAGGUGGAUGUUAUGCACCCAUGUGUCCCAAUCGAUCAGCUCGCAAGUCCCCAUCCCUUUCUGACAAGCAUUCGCAUUUACGUCGCAACAUGUCAAUGACCUCGUCUUCAUUGGCCUCUUCUCAUGAUACGACCUUGUCAAGAGCUUGGCAGGCGACCGUGUCUCGUGACAUUCUUCAAAAUACACCUGAACAAGAAAUCAAACGACAAGAAGCGAUCCAUGAACUCAUUUACACCGAAGAGGACUAUGUGCGUGAUCUCAAUCUUUUAGACGAUCUGUUUGCCAAAUCCCUUAGAUCAGCUCAAUGUAUUGAUGAGAAGAGACGAGGCCCAUUCUGUGACAAUGUCUUCAACAACUAUAUCGACAUUCUCAAUAUCCACAAGGACCUUUAUCGAGAUUUACGCGAUCAUCAGAGCAUGUGUCAAGCCAAAUCUGCUGGCGGAUUUGUUGACCAAGUGGGUGAUAUCUUUUUACGCCAUCUUCCUCGCUUUAUGGCUGCCUACACUCAAUACGGUCCCCACGUGGUAUUGGCCGAGUACGCUGUGAAGCGUGAAGCAGGCAGCAACAUCUUGUUCCAGAACUUUAUACGAGAAAAGGAACGCCAAGCCGAAUGUCGCAAAUUACCUUUCCGCCAUUUCAUUGUCUUACCAGUCACUCGACUUCAGCGCUAUCCAUUAUUGAUUGAUGCCGUCCUCAAACGCACCCAAGAUGAUCAUCCGGAUAAAGAUGACCUCGCCCAGUGUCUCGACGUAUUGCGGGAGAUUGGUGCCCAUGUUGAUGAGCUUGCAUCUGCAAAACGUAUGACCAUGCAUAUCUAUGAGAUCAACGACAAUCUUAAAUUCAAGCCUGGAGACCCUGUCUAUGAUUUGCAAUUAGCAGCACCUGGUCGAAAGUUGCUUCAUGAAGGAACAUUGACACGACGUACGCAUAUGGGUGUGGAGGCUGUUGAACAUCACUUUUUCUUGUUUGAUCAUUUACUGCUCAUCACCAAGCGCAAAGGCAACAAUGAUUAUGUCUUGUGGAGGAAGCCAAUCCCUCUUGAAUUGCUGCAUAUGCGAGAUGGUACCGAAGGUUUCUCUUUGGGUAUGCGUACAUUGACCAAUACAUCAACAUUCCCACCUACGCCAGGAAGCCUACCCCAACAACACAUGAUGUCUCCCGCUACUUCACUCACAAUGAGUCCCACCAAUCUUAGUCCUGCCACCACCAUGACACCCAUCACACCACCUUCAUCAUCAUCCACUUCUCUCAUCAUUCAGCAUCUGGGUCGCCAUGGUGACGAUUAUUUGUUUUAUGCACCAUCAGCACAGCAACGUAUGGAAUGGAAGCAAAAGAUCGUCGAGGCCAAGGAAGCCCUUGAAAUGGCAUUCCCUGAACGUCGAGCAUUCGACAUCCGAUCAUUGAGUGAUACGACAUUUGCAUUGACAGGGGGUCCUGCCAACCAUGGCAAGGUGACUUGCAGCACUGCAUUUGUGGGUGCACGUGGUAUUCGCAUGGUAGCCAUUGGCACAGAAACCGGUGUAUGGAUGGGUAUCGAAGGAGACACCAACAACUUGCGCAAAGUCUUGCCAACCGAUUAUGUCACUCAAAUCGGUGUUUUGGAAGAAUACCAUGUCUUUUUGGUACUUUCAGAUAAAAUGUUGAUGGCUUACCCCUUGGAUGCUCUCGAUCCUACUGCUUUGAACAAACCCGCCGAGCGUGCCUCUUUCAAGGUUGCAAGUCAUGUGUCAUUUUUCAAUACCGGUGUCUGCAACAAUCGAACGCUUGUCAUUGUCAUGAAAAAGAAGGGUCUUGAUAGCUUGUUCCGUACGUACGACCCCGUUUGUGGUGAUUUACGUGAUCCCCGUAAUUCCAAAUUCCUCACUACCAAGACCAGCUUUUUGAGCAAAGCACCUGCAUGGUUCAAAUUGUAUCGGGAGUUUUACAUUGGUGCAGAGGCAACAUCGGUGCAAUUCCUCAAGGCUCGUUUGGCCGUGGUGUGCUCGCGUGGUUUUGAGAUCAUUGAUUUGAAUCGACUCAACAUGAUCCAUAACUUGCCAGAGCUCCAAGACCCCGACUUUUCAUUUGUACAGCAACGAUACGAUAAUCUUGUUCCAUUGGGCAUGUUCCGAUGCCGUGAUCAUUACUUGCUUUGCUACAAUGAAUUCGCCUUUAUGGUUGAUAUGCAUGGCAAGUACAAGUAUGGCAACUAUCAACGGAUUGAUUGGGAAGGUUCACCAGAAUCAGUUGCGUUUUCCUAUCCAUAUGUCAUUGCAUUUGAUUCACGGUUCAUUGAAGUCCGGCACGUGGAAACGGGCCAACUCGUUCAAGUACUUGCAGGAGAACAUAUGCAGUGCUUACAAUACAAGCAAAAUGCCAUUACACCUCCUGUUGUUCAUGGCAGCAUGGCACAUCCAUUCAAACACGGUUAUCAAUACGUUUUCCAUUUGGCUGGUGUAUUCGAACCAUCACUCAUUUGGCAGUAA